AUGAGCAACCUCAUCUCGUCUGUCGCAUGGGUGCGCAGAGGGAUCGCGGCCCAACACCCGAUCAAAUACACCCUCGAUGAUCAGGAACUCGAGCGGGUGAGCGCGCUCGCGCGCGUCGAGCUCGAAGAUGCGCGGAAAGAACUUGAGCAGGCACACAAAGCCGCUAUUUCUAUGGGACGGGGCGCCGAGGGUGAGGAGGCCGACGAUGCAGAUGAGGACGACGAAUGGGUCGAUGAAGACGACGCUGCGGCUGCGAUGGAUGAAGACGUGCCGAUGGACGAUGCCGCGCCCGGAGAACCUUCGGAAGCGAAACCCAAGGACGAACUUGACCAGUACAACUUGGACGAUUAUGAUAAUGACGAUGGCCAGCCAGGAAUGGGACCCUUCAGUAAUAUCAAGGGCCUAACUUACUACCGGAAUAACGACGAAGACCCCUACAUCACACUCAAAGAAGACGAGAACGAGCAGGAGCGCGAGGAGCUCGAGGUCCUCCCCUCCGACAACCUCCUCGUGGUCGCCAAAACGGAGGACGAGAUCUCGCAGCUCGAGAUCUACGUCUACGACGAAUCCGAAGAGAACCUCUACGUGCACCACGACCUCAUGCUCCCCUCCUUCCCCCUCUGCCUCGAAUGGCUCGACUUCCCGCCCGUCUCCUCCCCCGCCGCCCGCGGAGACACGCCCGCGCAAUUCGGCAACUUUAUCGCCGUAGGCACACUCGACCCGGAGAUCGAGAUCUGGUCGCUCGACACCGUCGAGGCGAUGUACCCGGACAUGGUGCUCGGCCGCCCGGACAAGACCGCCGCGCACAUCCCGCUCCCGCUUGGGACGGGCAAGAAAAAGCGCAAAAAGACGAAGGCGCGGGCUGCAUCGUCCGCGCACCACGUCGACGCCGUGCUCGGCCUGUCGUGGAACCGCACGCACCGGAAUCUGCUCGCGAGCGCGAGCGCGGACCGCACGGUGAAGCUGUGGGAUCUGACGCGCGACCCGACGAUCAAUGGGGAGGGGGAGGGUCAGGGUGCGCUCCGGAGCUUCGACGUGCACAAGGACAAGGUGCAGGCCGUGGAGUGGAACCAGGCGGACCCGACUGUGCUGCUCACGGGUAGUUACGAUCGGACCGUACGGACGUUCGACUCGAGAGCGCCGGAUGCGGGGGUGGGUGCCGUGGUCGGCGCGGAUGUCGAGGCGUUACGGUGGGAUCCUUGGGAAACCCACAGUUUCUACGUCUCGCUGGAAAACGGUCUCGUGUUAAACUUCGACGCACGGACGCUGCCAUCGGACCUGAGCCUGCCCUCGCCCGCGCGGUUCACCCUCUCGGCGCACGACGGCGCGGUAUCGGCACUCGACAUCAACCCCCACGUCCGGGGCAUCAUCGCCACCGGCGGGACGGACAAGAUCGUCAAGGUGUGGAACGUCACGGAGGACCAGGACCUCGGCAAGCGCCAAGUCAGCCUUGUCACCUCCCGCGACCUCGGCGUGGGCAAGAUCUUCUCGACCGUGUGGUCGCCAGACGACCCGCUCACGCUCGCGGCCGCGGGCUCAAAAGCCAAGCUCCAGAUCUGGGACGUCGGCGCCAACCAGAACGCACGGAAGGUGCUCGGGCCCAAGGUCGCGCAGGCGGGCAAGGUGCUGAAGGAGAAGCCCGGCGGUGGUGUCAUCAGCGUCGGGACGGACGACGAGGACAGCAGCGGCGAGGAUGAUGACGGUGAGGGCGGAGACGAGUAGGAUCCUUAUGUAGCAAUGUUGUCAGUAGACUGCUUGUUUUGACUAGUAUGCAGAGAUACGAUGAUCGGCCGAAGAGUGCUCGCC